AUGGCUGAGAAAAUGAAAGCCCUAGUAAUAUUUUGCCUUGUUUUUCAAGUAAUCAUUCAAACAGGAAACUCAGCUGAUUCAGGAGAUGUUGAUUUUUCAAUACUCAUCAAAAACGAAAUGUACAAUGUCGAUAACCCGUCGGUUUUCUACAAUUGUCGAUCAUCGAAGAAAGACAUCGGAUGGCACAAAUCGGUUCCAUCCUCAGAGUUUCAAUGGGAAUUCGAAGUUCCUCAGUUUGGUAACGGCGUGAUGGUCCACAAUUGUCGUUUCCGGUCGAGCGCAGGAACAGCAAACGUUGAGAUCAGGACAUUGUCUACUACGGCGAUGCUAUGCGACGGACAAACAUGUAAAUAUGCAAUUAGACCUAAUGGGAUUUAUUUCAUUGGUUACGAGUUGUAUUCUCCUUAUGCUAUAUUUGGAAGGUAUAUUGAAUUGUCGAGGCCCGCGGAGAAGCUAGUUGAGCCGUGGAAACCUUGGUCACCACAACAACUCAAAGUUAUGCAUCGUACACAACAUGGUCCAUGA